AGUCUUCUCCCUGCAGUGCAAGCGGCCCGUUCGAGCUGGCCAACGGGGGCGGCGGCGCGGCCCUUCCUGGCGCAAGUCACUGCUGGCCUCCAGAGUGACCGAGUGAGACCGGCCGGGGACUCGCUUAGGCGGCUGCAACGCCAUGGAGGUCGUCGAGGCCAUGCCGCAACCGCAAGCGCCGUGGGCUAGGACGGCCACCGCCGGCGGCCUCGGCCUUCGCAUCGUGUGUGCCCUUGCCACGCUUGCCACCACGGCCUCCACCGGCGGUUUCUCCUCGCACCCUGCUCUCUGUUUCCUCGCUGCAGCAUCUACGUUGCAAUGCGUGUGGACGAUGCCGCUGGCCCUUCUGAACCUGCACACACUGCUGUCAGGCCAAUGGCCUUUAGAGAACCACCACUGGAUCGCCGGAGUUGCUGCGAUCGCCGGCGACGGGGCAAGUAAAUGUAAAUCUAUUGUUCAUCGCCGUCCCAAGUAAAUGUAAAUCUGCUGUUCAUCGUCCCAAGUAAAUCUACGCAUGCUGGUCGCCGCAGCACUGAGCUUCUUUGCGGCAUCUGCAGCCUCCGGCGUGGCCACGAUGGUCGACGACGAUCUCAAGCUAUGCGCGGCGCUGCCCUGCGCAGGGUUCAGAGCCGCCGCAUGGAUGGGGUUCGCCAGCUGCAUCGCCCUGCUGCCGACCUUGCUGUUCAACUGGCUCAUCAACAAUGCAGCAGGAAAUGGGCGUUGAUCCGGCCUCGUCAUGGACUGCGGCUUCUUGUCAUGUUGCCAGGUUGGUAAUAAUGCAGCCAGUUAUCAGGUCUGAACCUACUAAAAGAACCUUUUGUAUUUUGGUAUGUGAUCCUGCUGCUGUGGUACGGCCGGGAAUCAUGGUGUUCUGAAAAGUUGUACAUACCAAUCUUAUCAUAAACAACUUUGUGGAUUGUGUGUGCUUCAUAGGGAAGAGAGUAUAAACGACUUUGUGGAUUGUGUG